CUCCCCUCUUCUACUCGCGCUCAGUCCGUGCGUAAAAAGAACUCUUACUUAGGACGUUAACUCACAUCAGCUGGAUGGAGACGAGAGUGGCUGACAGUUGAGUGUUUUGUGUGGCUCGUGGGGUUGCGUGCGUGUGUGUGUGUGUGUGUGUGUGUGUGUGUGUGUGUUUAUGAAAUGAGGAGGCGUGUGCUCGUGGCGCUCAGAGGAGCCUGAAGCAGCAGCUGGAUCAGCAGAGGGUCCGCGCUGCGCCGCAGGAUGUAAAAAGAGUCGACACAUUCGGUCUAACACUGAACCCCUCAUGAUGCGUUCACUGUCUCUGCUUGGAUGGACCGCUUCCUGUCUCCUCCUGCUCAGCAAGAGAACGACAGCUCAGGGGGAAGUUCUGCUCUGCUCUGUGGAGGGUCAAGCAGGGGUUCGACACCCUGUUCAGGGUCUGCUGGAGAGGUUUGAGGCCGGUCCGGGCUGUGCUGCCAGAGAACGAGGAAACAAGGAGACUCAUGUAAUCGCAGUGGGGAGGGCAACCAACAGCCCCGAGAACAAGGUGACGGUGUUGCUGAAGCCUUUGUCUCCGACCCCCUCCCCUGUCAGAGCUCUCCACCUGCUGCUCAGCUCAAAGCUCCCGGUCGCCUGGUGUCUAGAGGCCGAGAGACUCCCCCCGAACCUCCCCGUGCAGGUUCAGGUUUCCUCCAACUCCAGCGUUCAGUCCCGCUCCCUGCACGUGCACGUCCACAGCGUGAAGUCGCUGCCUUUCGGUCCGCGAGCAUUGCACCGCUGGGCUCUGAAGCACCACGGCAACCUGUCCUCUAUGACCCACUCGACCCACGGCAACCGAGUCUACGUCAAACUGGGAGAGGAUCCGAGACGUCCUGCUGCUUGCAAGCUGCAGUCCAUGUUCCUCUCUCACAACUACGUGAUCUCUGACCUGCAGCCACAGGAAGUGCAGUGCUGCUCCGACACGUCAGCAGGUGGGAUCGGUCCUGAAGUCCACGUGAUCAAACUCCAUUCAGCCGGCUCAGGACUCUGCGGUUUCCUACAGGUGGAGGUUGUUGUCUCUCUGGUGCCCCCGGUGGCCAACUCAAAAACCCUGAAUGUUGUGCUGAUUCUCAGCAGCUCGGUGCCGGUGAACUGGGCCAUCGUGUCUCAUGGGGUCCGGGGUCAUAUCUCUGUUCAUUCCUCCAACACCAUCUCUCCGCCUUACCCACCUGAGCCUGACCUCACCCUGUCCAGCUCACUGAACUCUGACCUGUCCAGCGUACCUGACCUGCUCCGGUGGGCCAAUGAGAGCGGCUACAGCAAGGUGACAUCAUACACUGAGGCUGACCUGGCCAAUCGCUUUGUGAUCCAGCUGGCCGGGGGCGGGACAGAGGAGGUUGCAGGGAUGAUUCCUCGGGUGGUGAAGCCUCCCUGGGUGGAGGAGCGCAGGCUGAGACAGUGGUUAAACGCUGGAGACGGAGCAGGAGGGGGUCGAGAGAGUUUUGCGGUGCAGUGUGAGGAUGGACGCCUCGAAGUGAUCCUCGACCAACAAAUCCUGCAGAGCUUGUCGGUCCCAGUUGCCGCUGUAACUCUUCGGGACUCGACGUGCCAGGCUGAGUCUAAUGGGAGCCAUUUCCUGUUGGUGUUCCCGGUCAUUUCCUGUGGGACGGAGGGUGUGAUCCUGCCACAGCCCAGAGGGGUGCAGUACAAAAACAUGGUUUUAUUAUGGAGAGAGAAGCCGCAGACCUUUAUUGCACUAAACGAGACAGAGAAGAAGAGCAGAAGUCCAUUCGGCAUACAUUUCAGCUGCCUGGCUGCAGACCCUGUCCCCUCCAGCCUGGAUGAAGGUAAUGAAGGAAAUAUAAACUUUCCCCGGGUGGGGCCUGUUUCCUGGCCAUCCAAGGGUCAGAGGCCUGAUCCUGCACCGAGCCAUCUACCAACAUCCAGCUACAAAUAUGGGCCUGUUCUUGUUAUGAGGCUUUUUGUCACUGAGGGAUAUGAGCAGGGGCGGAUCGGACCCUGUAUCAUUACUGCGGACCACCGAGUCUAUGUUGAGAUUUCAGCUGAAGGGCCCUUCAUUGACAUCCUGGAGGUGAAGUCAUGUGUGGUCUCUCCUAUCUCAGACCCCAAAAAGUCUAGUUUCUGGACUGUCAUGAGGGACGGCUGUUCCUCAGACCCCUCUGUUACACUUGCUAAAAAGACAAAAACAACAGAGAAAGACGAGGGUGAAGGUGAACUAGAAAAGGAAAAUGAAGACGUAGAGCGAAUGGGAAAAAGCAGUAUCUUUUACAAGGGAGGAGGGGUCUCAGUGCAACACAAGACUGAAAGAAGCAGGGAAGCAGCUGCAACAAGGAUGGAAAAGAGAAGUACGACGGCAGAGGAGGCGAUAGCUCCCCUUAGAUUUAGCUUCAUCCUGCGACCAGUUUACAACAACUCUGUGCAGUUCCUCCACUGCAGCCUCCGCCUGUGUGUCUCUGACUCCGUAAGAAGGGAGCCGAUGGAGGAGACCGUACAGAGUGACUGUCAGGGUGGGAUACAAAUCCCUCCACUUGUAUCCAGAUCGCCCGGGCGUCAGUGUGAGAUCAGAAACCUCUCCAGGCCCAUGGUCGUCACCCAGCCCAUCAGUUCACUGGCUCCCAAACAGCCGAGGCCCCCUACUGGCCAAAGAACAAAACGACUGAGCGUGUCUCCGCUGACAGAUCAAGACCCAGAGCAAAGCAGUCCUGUGAUCCCCACCGGACCUUUGGUUGGAAUCGUCUUCACUGCCUUCAUGAUGGGGGUCAUGCUUAUGGGGGGGCUUUGGUGCAUCUAUAAUAAUACAGGGGCACGUUCAGCGUCACUUGGAGGAGACGGGCACCACACGGGUCAGACUUAUGAAGGUCAAAACAUCUGGAAUCCCAUUUCACUGUCUGAUCAGUCCUCGAGCUCCGUGUAGAGGUAAGAGCUGACCAGGACCGGCAUUUAAAAUGUUAGAGACAUUAAGGAAACAUGCUAUGUUGAAGUGCUGGCUUCUCUGACAACAAUGCAGCAGCCAGUAUGUCCUCCUUCUAACUUUAGAUUCUGCUCCUGAAUGCUCUGGAUUUGUUUGGACCAGAGAAGGUAGGCGCUUUUAAGGCGACCCCCCCUACACGGCCGUUUUUGACGCCCCUCAGUUUGUCAGAUAUGAGAGCAGUUAUCAGGUCAACAGGUGUUGCAGCGAUGGAAGCGGGUCAAGAGAAGUGGUUCAGAUAGAAGUGAUUGUACCCGACCUAAAAAGCCUCUGCAUGUUUCUAAUAAGCUCCACGAGCAGAAACGUGUCAAACUAGGAUCAAUAUUGGAGAUGCUUUUGAAAAAUGGAGAGAGGUUAGAACACAGAAAGGUUUACAGACCCAUGCAGAGCUGGAUAAACACUGAAGCUUCAGAGUCCACCACAUGGUGACCUGUGAGAGGAGGGGGGAGAGACAGCUCUCUACAAUGUUUAGAAUUUGGACUGCAGUACCCAUUUUAACCACUAGGUGUCAGAGUUACAUACUGCCCCUUUAAAACGAGUACUGCAGUUAACCUUGCUCUUUAGAGGUCAAAAACUUUUGACCUUUUUUUUGACCGAGAGUUUAAAAUACUGGUAUCAUUACAACCUUAAAGACACUAAAAACAUGAUCAACAAACGUAUCAGAUUACUCCUCCUCCACACAACACAUUGAACCUAAUGUCACAGCCGUGUUUAAAAUAAACUAAAGUGGUUAGAAUCAUCAACAGUUCCAGAAACUGUAUCAGCAUCAGGCAGCACCUGCAGAUUUCAGCUUUGAUGUGUCUGAACAGUUUGAUUCUUUUAUCUCUUUCUCAGGAUUUCCUCCCUGCAAAUCUGACAGAAGAGAACUGGAACAGAGGUUCUUACCACGUUUGUGUGUGUGUGAGCACAGCUGCCCAUGUGUGUGUUUGUGUGAGUGCAAAGGAGUGUUUGAGCAGUGUUAGUCAUCAGUGUAUUGUGAGAGCAAAGUUGUUCGUGUGAUGCUGCAAAACAUUCUGCAUCCAGUCAUUCUGAAACUGGCUCGAUGCUCGAGGAGCCUUUAUCAGGACUGAACGAGAUCUCAAACCUGGUUACAGCGCCCCGGACUGAAACCACAACGUCUCCUGAAAGCUGGCACACAAGGUCAAAGGUCAUGAGAUGUGACUGUUGGUGUCUUUUUUGUAGAGUCAGUGUUAUGUACAGUCAUUUUUAGUGUUUGUGGUGUAACUGUGAAUCAGCUGGAUGUUACAUCUAUGUACUUCUGUAUAUGUGUUGUUUUCUGUUGGUAAAUAAAAACAUAUUGAAUGACCUGA